GCCGGGCGGCGGCGGAUCUGGGCGCCCCGAGAGCAUCCUGCGCCCCGGCGCGGGGCCUGCGACUCAGGAGCAGCUCCCUGGACCUGCGGUGAGCAGUCCCAGUGUGAGUCCCAAGCACCACAACCAUGACCACCCACGUGACUCUGGAAGAUGCCCUGUCCAAUGUGGAUCUGCUGGAGGAGCUGCCCCUGCCUGACCAGCAGCCAUGCAUCGAGCCACCACCUUCCUCCAUCAUGUACCAGGCUAACUUUGACACCAACUUCGAGGAUAGGAAUGCAUUUGUCACAGGCAUUGCCAGGUACAUUGAACAAGCCACCGUCCACUCCAGCAUGAAUGAGAUGUUGGAGGAAGGGCAUGAAUAUGCCGUCAUGCUCUACACUUGGCGCAGCUGCUCCCGGGCCAUCCCCCAGGUGAAGUGCAACGAGCAGCCCAACCGCGUGGAGAUUUACGAGAAGACAGUGGAGGUGCUGGAGCCUGAGGUCACCAAGCUCAUGAAGUUCAUGUACUUCCAGCGCAAAGCCAUCGAGCGCUUCUGCAGUGAGGUGAAACGGUUGUGUCAUGCAGAACGCAGGAAGGACUUCGUGUCAGAGGCCUACCUACUGACACUGGGCAAGUUCAUCAACAUGUUUGCUGUCCUGGAUGAGCUCAAGAACAUGAAGUGCAGUGUCAAGAAUGACCACUCAGCCUACAAGAGGGCGGCACAGUUCCUAAGGAAGAUGGCGGACCCCCAGUCCAUCCAGGAAUCCCAGAACCUCUCUAUGUUCCUGGCCAACCACAACAGGAUCACCCAGUGUCUCCACCAGCAGCUGGAGGUGAUCCCUGGGUAUGAGGAGCUGCUGGCUGACAUCGUCAACAUCUGUGUGGACUACUAUGAGAACAAGAUGUACCUGACCCCCAGCGAGAAGCACAUGCUCCUCAAGGUCAUGGGUUUUGGUCUCUACCUGAUGGAUGGAAAUGUCAGUAACAUUUACAAACUGGAUGCCAAGAAGAGAAUCAACCUUAGCAAGAUCGAUAAGUUCUUUAAGCAGCUGCAGGUGGUGCCCCUUUUCGGCGACAUGCAGAUAGAGCUGGCCAGAUACAUUAAGACCAGUGCUCACUAUGAAGAGAACAAGUCCAAGUGGACCUGCACACAGAGCAGCAUCAGCCCCCAGUACAACAUCUGUGAGCAGAUGGUACAAAUCCGUGAUGACCACAUCCGCUUCAUCUCAGAGCUGGCACGCUACAGCAACAGUGAGGUGGUGACAGGCUCUGGGCUGGACAGCCAGAAGUCGGAUGAGGAGUACCGAGAACUGUUCGACCUGGCACUGCGGGGCCUGCAGCUGCUGUCCAAGUGGAGCGCUCAUGUUAUGGAGGUGUAUUCCUGGAAGCUAGUGCACCCCACAGACAAGUUCUGCAACAAAGACUGCCCCGGCACGGCAGAGGAAUAUGAGAGGGCCACACGCUACAACUAUACCAGCGAGGAGAAGUUCGCCUUCGUGGAGGUGAUCGCCAUGAUCAAGGGCCUGCAGGUGCUCAUGGGCCGGAUGGAGAGCGUCUUCAACCAGGCCAUCAGGAACACCAUCUACGCAGCCCUGCAGGACUUUGCCCAAGUGACACUGCGUGAGCCCCUGAGACAGGCUGUGCGCAAGAAGAAAAACGUCCUCAUCAGUGUCCUGCAGGCCAUUCGGAAAACCAUCUGUGACUGGGAGGGGGGCCGAGAGCCCCCCAAUGACCCAUGCUUGAGAGGGGAGAAGGACCCCAAAGGCGGAUUUGACAUCAAGGUGCCACGCCGUGCCGUGGGGCCCUCCAGCACACAGGCCUGCCAGUGGUCCCCGCGGGCUUUGUUUCACCCCACUGGUGGCACACAGGGCCGAAGAGGCUGCCGAUCCCUGCUGUACAUGGUGCGCACCAUGCUGGAAUCACUCAUCGCAGACAAGAGUGGCUCCAAGAAGACACUGAGGAGCAGCCUGGAUGGGCCCAUUGUCCUGGCCAUCGAGGAUUUCCACAAGCAGUCCUUCUUCUUCACUCACUUGCUCAAUAUCAGUGAAGCCCUGCAGCAGUGCUGUGACCUCUCCCAGCUCUGGUUUCGAGAAUUCUUUCUGGAGUUGACCAUGGGCCGGCGCAUCCAGUUCCCUAUUGAGAUGUCCAUGCCCUGGAUUCUAACAGACCACAUCCUGGAAACCAAGGAGCCUUCCAUGAUGGAGUAUGUCCUCUACCCCUUGGAUCUGUACAAUGACAGUGCCUACUAUGCUCUGACCAAAUUCAAAAAGCAGUUCCUCUACGAUGAGAUCGAAGCUGAGGUGAACCUGUGCUUUGAUCAGUUUGUGUACAAGCUGGCGGACCAGAUCUUUGCUUACUACAAGGCCAUGGCUGGCAGUGUCCUGCUGGAUAAGCGUUUUCGGGCCGAAUGUAAGAACUAUGGUGUGAUCAUUCCCUACCCGCCCUCCAACCGCUACGAAACACUGCUGAAGCAGAGACAUGUGCAGCUGCUGGGCCGCUCCAUUGACCUGAACAGACUCAUCACCCAGCGCAUCUCCGCCGCCAUGUACAAGUCCCUAGACCAGGCCAUCAGUCGUUUCGAGAGUGAGGACCUCACCUCCAUCGUGGAGCUAGAGUGGCUGCUGGAGAUCAACCGGCUGACACACCGGCUGCUGUGCAAGCACCUGACUCUGGACAGCUUCGAUGCCAUGUUCCGUGAGGCCAACCACAACGUGUCAGCUCCCUAUGGCCGCAUCACUCUGCACGUCUUCUGGGAGCUCAACUUCGACUUCCUCCCCAACUACUGCUACAAUGGCUCCACCAAUCGCUUUGUCCGGACUGCCAUUCCGUUCACCCAGGAGCCGCAGAGAGAUAAGCCUGCCAAUGUCCAGCCUUAUUACCUCUACGGGUCCAAGCCUCUCAACAUUGCCUACAGCCACAUCUACAGCUCCUACAGGAACUUCGUGGGCCCCCCACACUUCAAGACCAUCUGCAGACUCCUGGGGUACCAGGGCAUUGCGGUGGUCAUGGAGGAGUUGCUGAAGAUUGUCAAAAGCCUGCUGCAAGGCACUAUCCUGCAGUACGUGAAGACACUGAUUGAGGUGAUGCCCAAGAUCUGUCGCCUGCCCCGGCAUGAGUACGGCUCUCCAGGGAUCCUGGAGUUCUUUCACCACCAGCUGAAGGACAUCAUCGAGUAUGCUGAGCUCAAGACUGACGUGUUCCAGAGCCUUCGGGAGGUGGGAAACGCCAUCCUCUUCUGCCUCCUCAUCGAGCAAGCACUGUCCCAAGAGGAAGUCUGUGAUUUGCUGCAUGCUGCACCCUUCCAAAACAUUUUGCCUAGAGUCUACAUCAAAGAAGGGGAGCGACUGGAGGUCAGGAUGAAACGCUUGGAAGCCAAGUACGCCCCACUUCACCUGGUCCCCCUGAUUGAGCGACUGGGCACCCCGCAGCAAAUCGCCAUUGCCCGGGAGGGCGACCUGCUGACCAAGGAGCGGUUGUGCUGUGGGCUGUCCAUGUUUGAGGUCAUCCUGACCCGCAUCCGGAGCUACCUGCAGGACCCCAUUUGGCGGGGGCCCCCGCCCACCAACGGCGUCAUGCACGUGGAUGAGUGUGUGGAGUUUCACCGCCUCUGGAGCGCCAUGCAGUUUGUCUACUGCAUCCCUGUGGGCACCAACGAGUUCACAGCUGAGCAGUGUUUCGGGGAUGGCCUGAACUGGGCUGGCUGCUCCAUCAUCGUGCUACUGGGCCAGCAGAGGCGCUUUGACCUGUUUGACUUCUGUUACCACCUGCUCAAGGUGCAGCGGCAAGAUGGGAAGGAUGAGAUCAUCAAGAAUGUGCCCCUAAAGAAGAUGGCCGAUAGGAUCAGGAAGUACCAGAUCUUGAACAACGAAGUCUUUGCCAUCCUGAACAAGUACAUGAAGUCUGUGGAGACAGACAGUUCUACUGUGGAGCAUGUGCGUUGCUUCCAGCCACCCAUCCACCAAUCCCUGGCCACCACCUGCUAGCUGGACACCAUUCAGACCCUCGCCCUGGAGGAAGAGGACAGGCCAGAAAAAGGAAACUGCAGUCAGCCUGCAGCAGGACCCAACAGGACAUUGAAUGGGAUGGACCUGGAAGCAGAGGAAUACCUCCCUGACACAUCAACACCUUUCCCUAGGGCUGGGCCUGUGCAUGCUCUCCCAUAACAUCUCCAUGGUGGUUUUUCCAUAGUGUAAAUGAAAAAAAAAAAAAAAGAUAAUAAGAAAUGGGGAAGUAUGUGCUAUUUUAUUUUAUUCAACUGUGCUAAGAGUCCUGGUUUCAUCCUUUCUCCAUCUCACAGCCUGACACUUCAUCCACCAUUGCUCACCCAACUCCCUCCCAAGAUGGCAGCUCCAACCUCGUGCCCAUGUGUAAGCCCAGGACUGGAAUCACAGAGCUGGUGAAAAGCAUAGAUGUGUCUGAGAUGUCAGCCUAACCUCUGCUGCCUGUCUUUUCAUUUCUUCUGACUCCCAGUCUGUCGCUCACCCCCUAGUGGCACCCCUCCUCCCACCACCAGACCUAGACACCAGGAAUUCACCUGCCAAGAACACUGAACUAGGCACCAAGAGCCAUAGUGAACAAAGGAUGAGGUUAUUCAUGUGGGUGCCAUGGUAGCUAGUGCUGACUUUAGUCUUCUUCCAUAGACUUAGGCAAGGAUGAAGAGCAGCUUUUAGGAACACAGUCAGGAGUCUCACAGCCUAAAUAGAAAGUUAUCAGGCCACCUCAUCAGCUGCAUUUCACCCAUCAAACGCUUGGAGAGCACUAAGAUAUUUGGGAGCCUAGAGCAUAGAAUAAAUCAGGCCAUCAUUGUCCCCCAACAUUAGCUGGCUACCAAAUUGGAGAUAUUUUCUUUGUAGAUUCAUCAAGGAGAAAUCACAUGAGAAUGGGAUGGGGGAUGGGGAGUUAUGAAGGGGUUAAUUCAACUGAAACCAAAAAUACUUGUAGUCUGGGAUAGAGAUGACUCCGGUCAAUGAGGUUUGAUUCCAAAAAAAUAAGUGUGGUUUUAGUGAAUCAGGACUUUUCUUGUCUUAGAAGCUGAACAGUUUCUGGGACAUUUGACCCUUUGGUCAGACUUCCUUGGUGUUCCUUAGCUGAGAUUUUGAGAUAGAACAUGUGUUUACUUCCACAUUCCAGUUGGUACCACAUUUUCUUGUAAUAUUUCUCACAAGGCAUGAGGCGACAGUUGAGAAAGAUGGAAACAGGAGGAGAGGGAAAGGCUCAUAACAAAGCACCCCACCCCACCUUCAAAGUGUAGGACCCUGAACUUAGAACAUAGCAAGUGAGACCUUAGCCAUUCUUCAGCCUAGGAAGGGAGGGAGGGAAGGAAAGAGCAAGAGAGAAGAGAGAGAAAAGAGAGAAAAUAAUGACCUUCAGGGCAGAUGAAUGGAAAUGGACACCAGCCAUCAGAUGGUCCACUUCAACCUCAAAGAAGCCUGGGUCCCAGCAAGAGCUUUGUGUGCUGUACUCCUGCCUGCAGGGAGGAUACAUGGGUGUGAUAUGAUCACUAGCCUCAGGGUUUCCUGCCUUGAGCACAAUUGAAAAAUGCAAGACCUCACCUCUCAUCCUGCUGCUUGGGGAGUAGGGUCAGGAAAUGGUCACUUUGCACAAGGGAUCUGAGUGAUUCUAUUGUGGGGGCUGAGAGGAGUGGUGGCAGCAACACGACAGGGUCCCCCUCUUUGGAGAUCUACAACUGACUUUGACUGAGCUCCCUGUAAGCCAGAAAGCAAACAUAUGUCAAAAAUGGGUUAGGGCUCCUGUCUAGUGUGGCUGCCACUUCCUAUUCAAAUGGCUUCCAUUUUCCUCUUGCUGACCUAAGAUGUGUCCCAGAGGCCAAAGGGAGAGGUCCCACCACAUAGCCAGGGUUGAACUACUUGGUGGACCCAGCCUUCAAGCCCCAGCCAAACACCUAAGCCUUCUGGCAGUCUGCAUCUCCAGAAGUCACUGGGGACGUGUUGGCUCAGGCUCUAGGUCAAUGGCCACUCACUGCUGUAGUUCAAGGUCAUUCCAAAUCCUUGACUGUUGCUUUGGUUGAGAUUUGGAUCAUUUGAGAAGAGCACUAUUUUGACAGCUCCCAGCUGUCCCUUCCAGCUCCCCUCCCAGCCAGCAUUCAUUCACCCCCCUAAAUUGUACCCUUUGGGUAGAGUACCCUCACUCUCCAGAGACUUGAUCUCUGUAAAUUGAAGGUGUCCUGCUUCUUUCAUGAGAGACAUCUUGCUUCCCCAACACCCCAUUGACAUUUCUUUAUGGGGACUAAGCAGGUUCAAUAUUCUUCCCUCCUGGGUAUUACUGCCAUCCCUGUUGAGUGUGUGUGUGUGUGUGUGUGUGUGUGUCUAAGAACCAUGAAAAAAAACAUAGGUUUUAAAAUCUUUAAAAAAUAAAUAAAAAUCUGUUUCAGAAACUGUCAAAUGUACCAUAUUUGUAUUAAGACUUGUUGAGAUUUUUUGUAUAAUGACUUCACAUUUAUUUAUGGAGACUUCUCUUGAUGCAUGUGAUCAGAUUCAGGAUGUGAAAAUUCUCAACGUAUAUUUGCUAGGCAGCUAGAGACAUUUGCUUUGUUGUUUUUCUUUUUCUUGGGAGUGUGUGCCUGUGUUGAGCUGAUCAAACAUGUCCAUCUUCAUUAAAACUGCUUUCAAAUGA